ACCGAAAAAAUUUGCUGUCGUGAAGUUCGUAACAUGUGAUGUUUCGUGAAAAGUGUUAAUUUUCUACGAAAAAAUAUUUGAAUGCCUUGUGUUGUGUAUAAAGUGACAAAAACUGAAUUUGUGAGAGUGCCGUGUAGUGUAAAUUGUGAAAUAACCAAAGGGAAAACACAAUAAAUAUUACAUGGAUAAAGCCGUCACUUGAGGUUGUAAAGAUAUGGAUUCACACAUACUGAACAUGUAUCACCAAGCCCGUUAUCGAACCAUCGGGCACAAGAUCAUGCGGUCCGCAAGUAACUCCAUGUCUUCAGAGAGCAGUAGUCAGAACAGCCCUGAAUACAAGAUUCAGACAUUCAGGGAGGGAUUCAGCAACGGACAGGAUUGGUGCAUAGAGAAUCAACAAACCAAUACAACACAGUCAAGUCACGACACCAGUUCUGAAGAUGAAGAGGAAAAUAUAGAAGUCCAUGAGGUCCCACUAGAUGUAACACUAGAUAAUGAUACAUCAACAGCUGAAGUAGAGACCUAUGAAGACUGCUCUCUUGUUGAAGGAGAUGACUAUGAUAUCAUCCAAGUAUACACCGUCCACCCUGACCUAGACCUCGAAGAAGCCUCGUCAGAAGACGAUAUAGAAAGGGAGGAGCACAGUGAUGGAGAAUACAUAAAUGUUGACGAUUCUAAUUACACAGACCAUACAUAUGAACGCCCUGAGAACAGACAUCCAGACGUCAUCCACGAAGGAAUAAAUAUUAAUCUAGACACUCCUGUAGUUUCAAAUGUCGAUGAAUAUUUUAUAAAAGAUACAAAGAAUAUACUGGAAACCAAAGAUGAACCUGUUGUCAGGGAUGUAGACGAAUACUUUAUCAAAGAAGUCGAUAAACAUGAAACACCAACUGUAGAGAAUUUUUUCACGAAACAUAAAUAUCCAGAUGAUCAACCCUUCCGAAUAGAUCACCCAGUUACAACUGUCCCAGACACUGUGCCAGAUAAUUUCUUAGCUGAUGAUAAAGAAGAACAGGAAGAAACUGAAAUUGAGCCAGAACCCGAGCAGGAAGAGCAAGAAAAUGCAGAAGUGUCUUUAAACGAAUCCGAUUUAGAAGUACUACCAAACAUAGAAGUCUUAAAAAAGUAUUUGUUGGAAGACAUGACAUGUUCAAAGUUGAAAACGGUUCAAAAAUCUUGCUCUGUGCCACAUUCUCCCAUGAAUAUUUGUAUGGAUAUUGAUGACGCGAAAACGUGUUUGAGCUUCGAGGAUCUUAACUUAGAUUUGUCGGAUCUAGCAUUUGACAAUGAUAAAGACAAGUCUGACGGUAACACAAACAAAAGUGAUGACAUUCCACGCACUUUGACAGACGAAGACGUCAAUAGUUUUUUAAUUACAAACAAAGUUGAGGCUAUUAAAAAUGAAGACGAUUUAACUACACAAGAUAUGGAGAUUGAGCAACCUUUAGAAACUACAAUUAAUUGUGUUUCUGACAUACCUAUAGUAAAACCAGAGGUACCACGUACUUCCACUCCUAUCCCCAAACCGGCCGUUCUAGAAUAUUGCAUUGAAAAGACUGCUAUUAAAAUUGAACCAGUCAAUGAGAUUAAAACUGAAAUUGACGAUUUUGUUGAUGUUGAGUCUUGCAACGACACAGUAAUUCCAGUUUUGGAGGCAAACAAUUUAAGUUCCUUAUUAGAACAGUUUGAAGCAACAGAGAAGCUAAAUCCCAAGAAAAGACCACUUAUCAAGGUUGAAGAGCAAAAAAUGACAAGUCUACCGAAAACGAGCUUAACAAAUGGAAUGAGACUGCAAGACGCCGGUGUCCAACUGAACAAGAACAAAAUGCGGCAAAUAUUGAUGCCGCCAGCCAUAAAAACUGUUGGACGAUCACCAAGUCCUGUCCAUUCUGACCAUGACUACUGCUCGUCAAAAAAGCGGCAUAGUCUUCCAAAUCUAAAGAAAGGACAAAGUCUUCUGAAGCCUGAAGUGUUGUCAAGCAACAACAGAAUACUUAACUCUAGACAUAGAUCAUGUAAAAAUAAAAAAAUAGUCUACAACCUCAGCAGUGACGACGAAAGUGAAAAGUGUAUUAAUAAUAAUAAAAACAAAAAGAAUGAAAAACUAAAUCGUGACGAUAGUGACGUUAAAGCUAAGAAAAAUAGUGUUAAACCAAUAGUGAAGCCAAUCGUACUGCCGGCCGCCCGUAAAAAACUUUAUAAUGACAGUGUCGCGAUUGACGAUAAUGUAAAAAAUAACAAUUCUGUGAUGAACAAAAGUGCUUGUAAAGCAAGUGAUAAUCCUUGUAGUCAAAAUUCAAAUGGUAGCAUUAAGUUAACUAUAAAAAAUAAAUCUGAAGUUAUUUUAAACUGUGAUGAUAAAGACUCUCAGAAAGAUAGUAAGAUUAUUGAUAAAAAUAAAUCUAGUAGCGUGAGUGAUAAGAUUUCGAACAGUGUUAAGAGUAAGUCAGUGAAAGAAAUAAUAAACCCAAAGGAAAAGGGUAUAAAGGAAUUAGAUAGUAACAAAAGUAAACCUGUAAAUAAUAGUGAAAAUAUUUGUGCAAGUGUGAAGAUAAAGGAGGAACCCAAAUCGAAAGACGAGAAUUUCUACACAGCCCUUUUUAGUAACAAACAGGAUGUUCAGAUACCACAAUCAAUGCAUAUAAAGUCUGAAAAGUUGCUUUUUGAAGAAGAACUUCAGAGAAUAUCUGAAGAAUCUAUAAAAAAAGAACUUGAACAGCCAGCUAAAAAGAAAAAACUUAACCUGCAAGAAUAUAAAAUGAGAAGAGUUAAUUCUAACAACAGUUCUGCCACAGUGAGCCCUGAAUCUAUUUUUCCGGAAAUGCCGCAUCUUAACUUAGACAGAGUUAUUAAACCAACCAUCCAGACAGCCCCAGCAAUGAAAUCAGCUGAAGAAACACCCAAAGAAGUAUUCGAUCCUAUAAGAGAGGCUUCUAGAAAGAUUAUAAUGAUUACUAAAAAACAAAAAGCUGAGGCAAUGAGAAAGCGUGAUGAAGAUAUAGUCAUGAGUAAAAUUCCUAAAGUGGAAAAUUUACAGCUUCAGCCUCUUAUGACUGAUGCGGAAAUGAUGAAAAUGGUAGGAAUGACUCCAGCUGAAGAACUACCGCCUCCAAUUGAGAAACUUAAUGAACAAGCAGACAAACCACAGGCUCCAUCUGAUUACGAGGAGAUAAUUUUAGUUAGUAUCGGAACUAAUACUGACGAAAGAACAAUCAAAAGAAUGGAAAAAGCAACUCGAUCUGGCAGAGUAGACAAAACGGUUAAAAGUAAAUCUGCGUCGCCUCCAGUCGAUGCUAAGUCUUUAGUCAACUUUAAAAUAAAGAAAUCUCACGUGUUGAAACAAAAUGUUUUCGACAAUGUCAAAUCAGAUAAAAAGAGUCCUGUUGACGAAAAGAAACACGCUGAACCCAAAAUUGAUAGAGAGAGAUAUAAAGAUAUCACGGCAGCUUUGAAAAGUGUUGAGAAACACGUUAAUACGAAAAUAUCAAGCAACUCACUGUUCGCUAGCAUCCAAGAUGCAGUUCUGAAAAAGGCUCCUGAGGAAAAUGAGCAUAGAUCCUCAAAACCUAACUCGCCUACUGAAAAGAAGGCUUUCGAACACGUAAAGACUACAAUAGUUCGCGAAUACGAUACUAAAGCGGAGCACGGAGAAGACAAGAUCAUUCUCCAUUUAGAAAAAGAUAGACGCAAGCCUAUAGCUGCAAGUGUUGUUAUACAAACUGACACGGUGGCAGAGUUUACGCAACUAUCGGUUCUAUCAGCCCAGAUGAGAGAAAAGUUUGUGAUUAGGAAACGAAACGACAGUGAUAUGUCCAUGUCAAGCGAAGACAGUCCUGUACGGACUAAAGACCUCAAAACUCCAGCCAAGAAUGACAAGGUUGCCGCCAAGCCUAAAGCGGAAAUACGGGCUGAGAAGCGGUCAUUGUCUAAAGAAAAGCGCUCACGAUCCAAAGAGCGUUACGAUAAAUACAGGAGACGCUCAAGAUCGCCAUCUCGCGGCCGUAGGAGAAGAAAAUCGUAUACCAGAAGCAGAUCACGGUCUAGAGGGCGCUACCGUCCAUACCGGAGAUCGGACUCGCCAUAUAAAAGGAAACGUCGUUCGCGCUCUUCGUACCGCCGUAGAUCGUCAAGUCGCAGGUCCCCGAAACGCAGGGACAGAUCGAAUAGGUCCCGAACCCCAAGGCGCGACGAAUCGACGCCAGCAAGAAGCCCUGUCCCCAAAAAGACCAAACUAAGUCCGCAUCCUAUUGAAAAGAAAGUUCCACCGAAGUCUAUGACUCCUCCGUUGAGGAAACCGACAAUUUCCGAAAGUUCAGAUUCGUCGACUAGCUCGUCUUCAUCGUCGUCGUCGUCUAGCUCGGCGGAGUCGAGGCAGUCCAGGGAGUCCAGGAAGUCCGCGCGGUCAUCUUGCAGCCCGUACAAGCGGGAGGAACCGUUCAAGAACAAGUAUAGGAGUUUCAGUUCCGAAGACAGGGAGAGCAACACGCCAGUUGAAGAGAGACGGAUAGUGUUCGUAGGCAAGUUAGAGAAGGACAUCAAUAAGACCACGUUGCGAGGGCUGUUCUCCAAGUUUGGACAAGUCAUGGAGGUGCGGUUACAUAGCAAGGAGGACGGCACCCGCUACGGGUUCGUGACAUACAAGCACGCGCGCGACGCGUGGUCGGCGGUGGAGGCGGCGGCGUCGUACCCGCAGUACGACGUCGGCUUCGGCGGCCGCCGCGCCUUCUGUCGGCAGAGCUACGCCGACCUCGAUGGUUUGGAGGCUAAGUACACCGAGAGCGCUUUCCACGGCGCAGGCGCAGCUGCGAUUCCCGCGCGUCGUGCCGACGACCUUUCCUUCGAGGAAAUGCUUCUAGAAAUGAAGAAAAAACUCAGCCAACGCAAAACCGACAAAAAACGCCCCGACGAUAAACCUUGACGAUUGCUCCUCCCCAGCCAACCACUGAAAAAGUUCGCCGCCAUCCUGACAACUGUCAUAAUGACAGCUGUCAAACUGACAACGCAAAUGGCGCGAAGCGUCGGGUGAGUGCAAUGAUUUAUUUCAACUAUUGUUGCUAUGUUGAAAAUUCAAAUCGCUCCAGUGCAAUCGGAAAAGACAUACACGUUGUGUUUUCGACUUUGUUUUUUUGCUCACACUGUACCUAUUCCUUUAUUUCGUUUAGUUUUUAAAUUAAAUCUAGUACAGCGUUCCCUUAGCUUUAGUUUUUACCUCAUGUGUAAAUAUUAGUUUUAGUGUACAUUUUUAUGUAUCGUACAUAGUUCUUAUGUAUAUCUUAUGGCUACCUCUGCAGAUUUAACGAUAAAAUAUUGACUUGUGUUUUUUGAUGACUCAUAACGGCUAGUUGAUUUUGAAAAAUAUUUUAUAUCAUACCAGUUUCUUGAAAAACGUUUUUUUUUUCUAUUUAUGUGCAUUUGAUUGAAUUUGUACGUAAAAUUAUAUUACAAUUGAAAUAAUCGAAAAGGCUUCGGGUAAAAAUCAUUACAAAUUAAUGUUUUAGUUUUUUCUUUUAUAUAUUUUAAAUAAAUUCGAGAAAGAAAUACCUGUGUUGCCACUUUUCAAAAUCGAAACGGUGUUUUAAUUUUAUUUAAGCAAAAAAAAAUCAGCUCUUCCGUUAUCUUCUUCAAUAAGUUUAUUCUUCAACAAUGUUGUAAAAAAGAAACUAAAUUUCGCUUUGGUAUUCACCAAUUUAGAUCUAGAAUUGUGCACUAUGUUAUAACUCAAUGUUACCACUAUAAGUAUCAAAUUGUUUACUACUAAGCUGUAACUAAUUAUCUCUAUUAUAAGCUAUACAAAUAGACGUCCCAUGAUAAAAGGUAUUUUAUUGUCGACAGUCGCUUACGACAUUGUCAUUUGUUUGACAAAAUAAAAAAAUCCCGACUUUCAAUAUUCAUUUGGCUACAACUUUUGAACGGCUGAACCGAUUUUGAUCAAACAUAUCUAAGAACCACCACAUAAAAAUUGGCUAUCAAAUAAAAAAAACCGCUACCAAAUGGGUUCACCAGUAUAUGAUCUACAGUGCCACGUACACAGACAGACAGACAUACACACUUAGUGGUCAAACUUAUAACACCUCUCUUUUUUCGUCGUUUAAUAAAAAAAUAGUAAGUGAAAAGUCUUAAGCGACUUCCCUCCAUAAUGUUGCGAUGCCUUUUUUCGUGAAACGUCACAAAUAUGGAUUUGGUGGUAGGAUUUUUCAAAAUUAAAAUGGCGGCUUUACUCAAUUAUAUUAUAUGGUUGUGAGAGAUAGUAACGUAUAGUUUGUUAGUGACAUAUUUAUUAGUAAAUAUGUACAAACCUAUGUUUUAUAUCCUGCUAAAUUAAUUCAAAUUCUAAACUUAAAUAAGCACAGUCAAACACGUUUCAAGUUGCUUCGUUGUCUCAUUGCUCCGUCAUGCACGUUUGCGUCGACGCAGCGCGUUGCGUUAAAGUUAAUGUCAAAACUGACUGGUGCUACCGAGCGUAAGUUGCAAAUGAUUUGCGCCACUGUAGAGCGUCAGUUAAUAGACAUUUGAGGCGUGUGGUAGCCUUAGAAUUCGACCACUCCAUAUCCUCUCUUUUUGUCACUUUUGUGCAUGUAUUCUCUUUCGGCCUCGCUCUUAAAAGGCACUCUCGAAAACUAUCUAUAUCUAUGCUAAAUUUCAUCAAAAUCGUACAAGUAGUUUAUUAGUUACAAGCAAAAAUAGAAAUAUUCCAUAUAUUUUAAUGUUUGUAUAGAAUAAUAAUUAAGCUUGUAUAGUAUAUGAAAACACAAAUAAUGAAUAGAAAAAAAAGCACUUCUUAUUUUAGAUUAAGUUCUGAAGGUACAUGCUAAGUAUAUUUUUGACAGUAACUUUACAUAAUACUACGAAAGCGGGCCCUGGGCUCAGACGCUCAACGGCUGAGGAUAUAACCAAUAACACGCUCAGACAUGAGAGAUACAGCAGCUGUACUGUACUGUAAGCUGUACUGUAAACCUGUAGCAAAAAUUGUCAUUUUUUUGGUCUCUAAUAUUAUUUGACCGGGCAUUUAGUAUGAAAAGUCAAAAGUUAUUUUCUUAUUUUCACUUUAAUUUUUUUAGUUUGAAGUUGUUGUCAUGCGCAUAUUAUAAAAAAAAAAAUUAAUAACGCAAUUUAACAUUGUCUGUGCCUUAAUUAAUUUUCUUGACGUUUCAGUUUCUUAAUAGAAAAAUAUGAAAAAUAAAUAACGCUUUACCUUCCAUAUUGAGAUUCAGUGCCAAAUAAAAACCUAUGUUCCUACUAUAUAAAUCCAUAAUACACUUUAUACAAUAUUCUCUAUUUUCCUAAUAACAACACGACAUAUUCAGCUACACAUAUCGCGGUGCAGUUUGCCCAUCUUUGUGGAUUUUGUAUACAUUGCUGGUUUUGUCAUUGCGCUAAAUUAAAGCUCUCAUACAUACUACGUAAUGUUCAUGCAUUCGUCGACUGUCUGCGACAGUGUGUAGCUGUCUGUAUAUUGAUCAAGUUUUCAAGAAAUUAAUCAAAGAGAAAUUCGUUUGUAAUCAAAGUCAUAUUUCAGCAUUUGAUUUGUCACGGUAAUAAUAAUCCCUCGUGCCUUUUACCUAGAUUCCCGGUGAUUUUCCCACUAUUCCCAAUAGAUUUUUUUAGUUAAGUUAUGAAUAGGACGACCGCACUGAUUUUAUUCCCAUAUUUCUUACGAUCGAGAGCCUAGUCAAUGUUACUGGAUUUUGUUUUGUGAUUAUAUUUAUUUUACUUUAAGCCUAUUUAAACGGAAUUAAGUUUAAUAAAUUUAGUUUGGUAGCUUUUAUCUAAAUUUGUAUUCAACAAAUGACUUAGGAUGUCAUUUUAAUGAGUACCACAUCGAUAUUGUUGAAAUUAUGGGCGUACUUUUAAAAGCUGUAAAAAAUUUUUUUGCCGGAUUUUUUGGGGUUUAUUCUAACAGACUUAUGAAGUAUAGUGUUUUAGUUGUACAGAAAUGUUUUCUUUUAGUAGUUGAAAUUGAAAACAAUUGAGUAGAAGGUUUAUUAAAUUACCAUAUUGUUAUGAUUGUGUUUGAAACGGGCAAUACUCAGGCAAUGGUCUAAAAUCGGCUUGAACUUUUAUUGAAAAAUGUUCUUGAUUUUUUUUUAAUAUUAAAAAGUUUUGUGCGUUUGACUUCAAUCUAGCUUGAUGGGAAGCAACGAAGAAAUAUGUAAUAACAUCGUAACAUACUCAUUUAAAAUUUAUUUUUGUUCGAAAACCAGCAGUUACAUAAAUGGAAAAUAUAAAUUAUUAUGUUUUUUGUUAUUUAAAGUAAAUUUGUCUAAUUAAAUGAAAAGUCUUUGUUUCUUUAAUAAAAAAAAACCUAAAUUGUACAAAAAAAAAUGAACUGACUUAAUUAAAUUUUGUGUGUCUAUUCAUUAGAUUGAUAAUGUUAAAAAAUAUAUGACAUUAAACGAAUAUACUUAAAAAAAUAUUUGAAAAGUAAAAAAUAUAAUAUAGACCAUUGUCUUAUAAAAAUUGUGGCAAAUUAGUGCGUAGAUUUUUAGUCAAAUUAUGGUAUAGUUAUUUUCAAUUAAUUAAAAAACUAAAAAUCAGUCAUAGGGGUUCUCUUCGAAAAUAACUCUUUAGAUUAUAGGCAUAAGGUGUAAAUUGAUAAAACUACCAUUUGAUUCGGUAUCUUCGGAAAUGUCAACCUUAUUCCUUGAAUCAACAUUUAGAAUAAGUUUUUAUGUCAAUUACCUUAGUUUUGAACUAUCAUUUCCGAAGAGCCUAAUCAAUAGUUUCAGAAAUGGUAUACGAACGAAUUUAAAAGGUUUUUGACUGUAAAGUUGCUUCAAUGUAAUUGAAACCUUAUGCGCUUGAAAUAGAGUGCAGAUUGGCGCAUUGCGCACGGUACAUAUUAAAGUCCAAUUUAUUUAGUAUUUAUAGUGUUAGUGCAUAACAUAGAUACAGUGAGAAUGUUUUAUACAUAAUGUUGUUGAGAAUAAAGUAUUUUGAACAUA